UAAGUGGCUAGAUCUUGUAUUAAACGACCAUAGAAAGUGUUAAAGAACCGUUUCUUUCAUUUUGCGUCAUUUGUGUGCUCUGACGAACAGUACAGAGCGGAUUUGUGUUUGUAACAGUUUAGAUUCCACUGGCACCGCGGGAUUCGUCGUCAUUCAGUCGCCGCGGGUCACACGACGGACACAUACAGAGCUUCGUCCUGGGUGGAUGAACCACACAGGCGUUGACACGGUCGGACCGCAGGUCAUUACUGUGGACUGACUGAUGAGACAGAGGUGGAUUUGAGAAAAUUAAAUGCUGAGAUGAUUCAUAACUCACUCUGUGGAUCAACAUCUGUAUCUGUUUUUAGAUGAAACCAUGACCUCCAGAAUGAAUCUCUCUGAAGAACAUGAAACAAAGAUAAAGACAGUCAAGAGUCUGUGGCAGAAUGAAUCUCCUGAACCCAGCUGUGUGUCCAUGAAGAGUGACCAGUCAAUGGAUCAUCCAAUUAGUUUCAAUUUGGGAGAAUCAUCUGCUGAUCUGAGUCAGAAACAUGAAGGACCAGAAUCACAUACAGCAAAGAAGAACUUAGACUCCAUUUUCAAGGAGCUUGAGCACAAAAUAAUUUCUGAGUUAAAAAGCUUUAAGAGACUACUGAGUCCAGAUUACCCAGAAUGCUCUGAAAGAGACCAUUAUGAUGAUGAGGGUCAUAACAGAGUCAGAGAGGGGCUUCUGAAGAUCACACUGAUCAUCCUGAGGAAGAUGAACCAGACAGACCUCGCUAACACACUACAGACCAAACUGAUGCCUGUGUAUCAACAAAAACUCAAAUCCAGACUACAGGACAAAUAUCAGAGAAUCAGUGAAGGAAUGUCCAAUCAUGGAGACUCAACACGUCUGAAUGAGAUCUACACAGAGCUCUACAUCACAGAGGGAGGGAGUGGAGAGAUCAAUAAUGAACAUGAGGUGAGACAGAUUGAGACAGUGUCCAGGAGACCAGAGACACAGGAAACACCAAUCAACUGCAAUGACAUAUUUAAACCCUCACCUGGACAAGACAAACCCAUCAGGACUGUGCUGACUAAAGGAGUCGCUGGAAUUGGAAAAACAGUCUCUGUGCAGAAGUUCAUCCUGGACUGGGCUGAAGGAAAAGCCAAUCAGGAUGUUCAUUUCAUAUUUCCACUUCCUUUCAGGGAGCUGAAUUUGAUACAGAAAAAUCUCAGUCUUGUGGAUCUUCUAAAUCACCUUCACACUGAAACCAAAGAAUUUAAGUCAGCAGAUUAUGAUGAUUACAAAGUCAUGUUCAUAUUUGAUGGUCUGGAUGAGUGUCGACUACGUCUAGAUUUCCAAAACAAUCGGAGCUUGUCUGAUGUAACAGAAUCAGCCUCAGUGGAUGUGCUGCUGACCAACCUCAUCAAGGGGAAUCUACUUCCUUCUGCUCUCCUCUGGAUCACCUCUCGACCAGCAGCAGCCAAUCAGAUCCCUCCUGAGUGUGUCGUCGACCAGGUCACAGAGGUACGAGGAUUCAACGACCCUCAGAAGGACGAAUAUUUCAGGAAGAGAAUAAACGAUCAGAGUCUGGCUGAUAGAGUCGUCACACACAUCCGAUCAUCAAGAAGUCUGUUCAUCAUGUGUCACAUACCAGUCUUCUGCUGGAUUUCAGCCACUGUUCUAGAGAGGAUGAUGGGUAAAGCAGAGAGUGCAGAGAUUCCCAAGACUCUCACACAAAUGUUCACACACUUCCUGAUCUUUCAGACCAAACUGAAGACACAGAAGUAUGAUGGGAAAUAUGAAAUCGAUCCUGAUCAGGCUAGAAAGACUAUUCUGUCUCUAGGAAAACUGGCUUUUGAACAGCUGGAAAAAGGGAACCUGAUCUUCUAUGAGGAGGACCUGAAAGAGAGCGGCAUUGAUGUCAGAGAAGUGUCAGUGUACUCAGGAGUUUGUACCCAGAUCUUCAGACAGGAGUUUGGACUGCAGCUGGGGAAGGUGUACAGCUUUGUUCAUCUGAGUAUUCAGGAGUUUCUUGCUGCUUUAUUCAAGCUGCUGUCCUUUUCUGAACAAAACACAGGACUGAUGAAUGUGUUCAGGUCACCAAUGACCAGUUUACUGAAGGGAGAAGUGGACAAGGCCUUACAGAGUGAGAACGGACACUGGGAUCUUUUCCUCCGGUUCCUUCUCGGUCUCUCACUAGAGUCUAAUCAGACUCUCUUACAAGGCCUCCUGAGAAAGACAGUAAGCAGCUCUGAUAUCAAUCAGGAAACAGCUGAAUACAUUAAACAGAAGAUCAGGGAGAAUCACUCUCCAGAGAAAUCCAUCAACCUGUUCCACUGUCUGAAUGAACUGAAUGAUCGUUCACUAGAGCAGGAAGUCCAAACAUACCUGAGCAGAACAGGUUACAAUCGUCUCUCUGGAGUCAAACUGUCUGCUGCUCAGUGGUCGGCUCUGGUGUUUGUGCUGUUGAACUCAGAAGAAGAGCUGGAUGAGUUUAAACUGAGUAAAUAUGAUCCAUCAGAAGAAUGUCUCCUGAGGCUGCUGCCAGUGAUCAAAGCAUCUAGAAAGGCUGAUGUUUCCGACUGUGGUAUUACACAGAAAGGCUGUGCUGCUCUGAUUUCAGCUCUGGAGGAUCCACACUGUAAACUGGAGAAACUAUGUAAAUCUUCAUCUGAAGGUCAGAGGGCGCUCUCAUACAGAAACACAAAAUACACCAGAAGACGACACCCAUGAAAUCACAAUCACUGC